CACGCCUUCGCCUCACAGCUCGUCCGUCCGUCUGAGGAUGACAUUGCUCCGCAGGAAGCCAACAGAUGCGUGCCGCAUGACGGUUCCGGUCGACUGUGAAAGCCAUUUUUAGCUGUUAUUAUUCACUUUUGUUUCUCGGCUGCGUCCAGCGCGCUCGCUUCUCUUGUGUUGGCGGUGGACGGCGGCGACCUUGGGAGACCCCACGCAACAGCGACAUUGCCCACCGGCGGAGCGCUUCGCAUUUGUUUGCAGUUGGUGAGAUCGGAUAGCAUUUACGUCGCUUUCCUUACUCUGUUCCCUGCCAGCAUGACAAAGAUUACCACGCUGUUGGAGACAACGUGCUACGUUGCUCUGUUGAUAGGACUCACGGAGACGGUUCCCCAGCAGUACCGUCACCUAGCACGUGGUUACACCUAUGCUAUCCGGGGACAGACGGAUCGCGCACUGGGAGUGCCAAUAGACCGAGGUCAAGGAAGCCGCGUGCGCGGUCCCAACGUGCACCAGAGGCAAACUACAAACAAAAGCAUGCGCCAAACAACGAGCAGCAACACUAGUCAACUUCCGGUGGUGUUUCCUGGGGAACUGCGACCUCGCCUCAAUGACUAUGGACUACCGAACUGCGCAAUGACCUCUGGUGUUAAUGGCAGGAAGAGACGACCCGAGGCGUCUUACUGUGAUGAGGACGAGACCUAUCCCACGGAGAUCGUGAAGAGCGUGUUGCAGAAAGUGAAUGUCGACCUGAGCGACAAGACGUUGCUGGGACGCCAGCCUCUGAACCACGAAGAAAGCAUCGAUCAGCGUGUCUGCGCCACAAAGCGCAAAACCAUCUACCCAAAGACAGCAAAAAACUCGGAUAGUGAGUGGCUGUACGUCAUCAACGACGUCGAGUAUGCCCAGGCCGUCACCACGGAAAUAUGCGCCCAAGAGGACUCACCAUGCGAGUUCGUCGCCAGUGCCCUACCGCCUGGUUACACCUCGGCGUGUAAACAGAAGUUCGCCAACAGAAAGCUCUUAGCCAUGCAUCCCACUGAAAGGAAAGCAUACGCCGAUAAUUUUCCGUUUCCUUCUUGUUGCGUGUGUUAUGUCCGAGCACCGUUGAUUGGAGGACGAAGCUCGCGCGGACGCAACGGAAGGCGAUAGUCAUGUGACUCGCAACAGUGACGAUGCUGAGAACGUACUACGUCGACGGCAAAGGCGUCGUACAACUGCGGCAGACAACACAUAAAAGCUACAGAUAUAUAGCACAUACCUCUGCAAUGCCUUUGCCAAAUAUGAAAGAGGAACUGCAUGCCCUAAGGUGAAAGACAUAGUGUGUGUGCUCCUUACAGUGCUGUGUUGUAAAUCGCCAUAGGAGGUCACGGCGGCCACAGCCUUUGCUUCUUUGGAGACUGCUGUACAGACACGGCGCGUUUUCCAUGCAUCUUCAAAAAGCAGCGCGGACUGAUAUGUAUAGCACGGACGUCGUACAGCUGGAGGAGCAACGAGGACACACUGGUAUUCUCGAAGAUCACCGAGGAGGAACGGAAGAGUCAACGUGUCGCCUUGUCAACGUCGUCAACGUGUCGCAACGUGUAGUCCUGUGUUCAGUGCUACCAGAAAAGACGAGAUUUUUUAGGUGUGUUCAAUGAGGCAGCUACUGUUCUAAUGUUCACCCAUUCCACAACCAUGCAACAAUGUUCACAUAUCAUGAAGUGUGUUUAAUUGUAGAAUAAUUGUCAAUUGCGCGUCACCAUAGGGCCAUUGUCAUUGGAUCAAUCAUCGCAGUCGCUGUCAAUUGAUUUUCAAACUGCGCCAAAUGUUUUCGAUUGAUAAACACAUUUCAUUUACGUUUGAGUUUUUAAUGUAGGCUUCCUUUGCUCGAAUAAAGGUCGUAGUCCCGUC